AUGGCUUCCUCCUCUCUCUGCUUCAUCUCCUUCCUCUGUUUCUUGCUCGCCCAUCGAGCUUUGAAGCUUCAAGCUUCCCACCAUGUUUACACAGCUCAAGCUUCUCGCCUUCUUCUUCAUCAUCAUGAACAGCCUUACAGAACUUCCUACCAUUUUCAGCCUCCCAAGAAUUGGAUCAACGGGCCAAUGAUAUACAAGGGAAUUUAUCAUCUGUUUUACCAAUACAAUCCUAAAGGAGCUGUGUGGGGUAACAUUGUGUGGGCCCACUCUACAUCAACGGACCUGAUCAACUGGAAACCCCAUGAUUAUGCCAUCUACCCAUCUCAGCCCUCCGAUAUCAACGGCUGCUGGUCGGGAUCCGCCACCAUUCUCCCCGGUGACAAACCGGCGAUUCUUUACACGGGAAUUAACCCUAAAAACCAACAAGUUCAAAACUUGGCCGUCCCCAAGAAUCUGUCUGACCCAUAUCUUAGAGAAUGGGUGAAAUCCCCAAACAACCCUCUCAUGUCUCCCACCCCACAAAACCAUAUCAACUCUAGCUCCUUCCGCGACCCCACCACCGCCUGGCUCGGCCCCGAUGGCGAAUGGAGGGUCAUCAUCGGGAGCAAAGUUGACGCCCGUGGACUUGCCAUUAUGUUCCAAAGCAAAGAUUUUGUUCGGUGGGAUCAGGUUGACCAUCCGCUUCAUUAUGCCGAUGGUAUGGGAAUGUGGGAGUGUCCGGAUUUCUUUCCUGUGGCCAAGAACAGUCGGGCGGGAAUUGACACGAGUGUGAGUGGACGGCACGUGAAACACGUGCUGAAAGUGAGCUUGGAUGAUACUAAGCAUGAUCAGUACACGGUUGGAACAUACAAUUUGAAGAAAGAUAUUUAUGUUCCGGAUAAAGGAUCGAUCGAAAACUACAUGGGAUUGAGAUAUGAUUAUGGAAAGUAUUAUGCUUCAAAGACAUUCUUUGACAGCCAAAAGAAGAGGAGAGUUUUGUGGGGUUGGGUGAAUGAAUCUUCAAGCGUCGAUGAUGAUAUCAAGAAGGGAUGGUCGGGCGUCCAGGUUGACCAUCCGCUUCAUUAUGCCGAUGGUAUGGGAAUGUGGGAGUGUCCGGAUUUCUUUCCUGUGGCCAAGAACAGUCGGGCGGGAAUUGACACGAGUGAUCGAUCGAAAACUACAUGGGAUUGA